AUGCAGUUUCAAUGUCAAGUCCCCGGCUGUACCUCGAGCUACCGUCGUAAAGAGCACCUCCGACGCCACGAGGCGCAACAUCGUGGAAAUCACCUUCGCACCUGUUCGAUUUGUGGUCGUGCCUUUUCUCGCAGUGACAGUCUUCGACGUCAUAUUCGUCGCGAUCAUGAAGUCCCCGGACAGUCUCUCGCUCGCGCCACACAGGCCUGCAGGAGAUGUCGUACGACUAAAACACGGUGUCAGGGAGGCUUGCCAUGUAUAGAGUGUUCUUUGAAGGGAGACUUGUGUAUCUUUGAUGUCCCCGAUAUCGAGCCCGCUCAACCCGAUCCCGAAGAAGAACUCUGGGAGUCCCUCGAGAAUAACGCCCGAGUUAACCAUUACAUACAUCUUUACUUCGCACAUUUUCAUCAAAACUGGCCGAUCCUGCAUCAACAUACCUUCAGUGUUCCUGACGAGCCCCCAUUGCUGCUUCAGGCAGUGUUAAUGAUCGGCCUCUGGGUCAGUGGGAGCCCGGCGGGGCGGCAAAAUGCUCGGAACUUGCAUUCCAAGCUAGGACUGGCGAUUUCGUCGCAGCGGGACAACUGGGAACGAUCGCCGGUGGAAGGGGAGCACGAUAACGAAGGUUCAGGCAGCCCAACUUCACGAUGGCCGAUUGCAACCUACCAAGGCAUUCUUCUCUACAUCAUAUUCUCAUUACUGGCAUCGAUUCCGAUUGGUCUCGAGCUUAACCUCAGCCUGGCCUUACCUGUAUCCGACCGUCAAAUCCUUUCCGCUCUGAUCGCAACCUGUUUGCGAAAUAACAUCUUCUACUAUCCUAAUAUGCUUACAAGGUACCAACACGUGGAGUCCAUUACCUGCAUGUGGGUGGGAGUCGAAGAGAUCAAAAGGUUCGGUUUGGCCUUGUACAAGGUCUCUCGGCUUUGUGGAAGGGGGAGUUGCUUGGAGGAGUCUGAUGAAACUGAUGGUCGACUUCUUCGCCUCUCCGAUCUACAGUUCCCCGUGCCAGAUAGGAGGAAUUUUUGGGAUGCUGGAUCGAAUGCAGAAUUGGCUCAGCGUCUUUUGAUAUACUCUAGAAGAGAAGAUAAAUCGGAUGACCCUAGGGAUACCAGUUGGAUCUCACAAAGUGGGAUUUUAUUGGAAACUGACGAAAAUUGGUGGAAUUGA